CAAAAUGUUAAUUUUUAACUACUUGAGUAUAAUAUAGGUUAAGAUACGAACAAAAUGAUAUAAAAUAUUACCCUUUUUGUAAUAAACUUGUUUAAAAAAAAAAAUAAUUUACAAAAAAAAAAUAAUUGUCAAAAUGAAUGAAUCAGAAUUUGAUUCGGAAAUAUACGGUGAAGAUGAGGAGGGUUUUGAAGGCCAGGAUUCCGAGGAUGAAGUUCAAGUUAAAUCAUCUUCAUCAAUUAAUGAUUACAGGAUAUUGUGGUUACGAGAAAAAGUUUUAAAAUUUCUAGGAUUAAGCGACAUGAAUCAACUUUUCAACGACCUCUUAUCCAAAGAAGAUCGUGAAAUCGAAAAGGAUUUAUUCAAUUUUUUAGUGCCUAGCACGUAUGGAGUAACAGAUUUAGCUAGAAAGCAAGUCUUUUUUUAUAAAACAUAUCGCAGUGAAACAAUACAAGAAGAAGUUUCAGUAUGGGAAGAAAGAAAAGUAGAAAAACAAGAAGAGGAAAGAAAGGAUAAAAAACCGAAAAAGGGGAAAAAGGGCAAAAGAAAAAAAGAUCCGAGUGAUAUGAUAAGCUCAAGAAUCAGUGCAUUUACAGGAUCAUCAUCAGCGAUUGCAGCCAAAUCUUUUCAUUCAGUCCUCGAAGAUAGUGAUGAUGAAUAUGAAACUGAAGAUUUAGACGAAGAAAGAGAAGAAGGAAUUAAAUCUCCAAUUACCCGGUUUCGAAAAAAAUCUCAAACGAAAAGCGACCCUUCUUUGGAAACUGUCAGCUUUAUUCCAGCACCGGGAGAUGAAGAUAAAUAUAUUCUCACUAAGAAAGUGGUCGACAAGGUAGUGGAAGUUCCAGUUUUGCACAUGUUUUGCGGCGAAAUUGACGGCAGAAGAACUGAUUUGGGAGAUAAAAAUCUUAUUUAUUUUAUGCGAACUAGUGAAGAAGGUAUACCACCUUUCGAUUCUUUUGACGAAUGUUGUGCUGAGAUGCCUAGUUACAUCGUCGUUGGGUCACUGAAUGGCAAGUUCUUAUCCACCCUAAAUCGUAUGCUCACUAACGUUUUUAAGCCCUUGGUCGAAAAACAGUUUAGAGGACCUGCUGCUGCCCAAAGGCUCCAUGCUCAAGAAAUGUAUAGCACUCUAUCAGGUCCCCUACAUUCCGAAAAAACUGCAGCAGCAUUGCAAACAGUCGCAGUAUCUCAGGCUUCAGCUUUCGUGAGACCUUCCGAUUACAGAAGAAUUUCAUUGGCAGCAGAUAAACUGGAAAGUAAGAUCACGGAAUGGGAGGAACGAAAGAACAUUGAUAAAAUCUCAGAGGAGGAGGAAAUGCGUACUGAUCAACAGAGCAUACAAUUGUUGAGGAGUAAAAAAAGUAAAGUUUCCCUGAGCGCAAAACAAUCAGAAAGUAGGAAAAUCGAUUCUUCGGCAGAAUCUAAAUCCCAUAAAUCUAGCAGUGCAUUGACUGGAGUUGCGAAGAUCGAAAAGGAAGAAGAAAUCCCAAUCGAGCCGGUUAAAAAGGACAUGCUGGAUUAUCUGAAUAAGUUAUCAGCAACUGUUGAGUGGACUUUGGAACAUAUCGAAGGCGACAAUUUGCUAACAAUACCAAAAAUUCCCGAAUUAAUGGAUUCAGAAAAAACAGAUGAAGCAUUGGCAUCUAAUAAACAAAUUAUAGAACAAUUGGAAGAAACAGUUAUGGUUUGGGGCAAGCAUAUCCAGAAGAUACUAGAUUCUUAUGCAAAAAAAGAGCGCCAGGGAAAUGGUCCAAUGGCUGAAUAUGAUAACUGGAGAGAACAAGAAACUGCAUUAUCAAUUUUGGUCGAGCAACUCAAGACUCCAACGUUCAAAAGAAUAUUAUCUAUUCUUAAUCAGAGUCUUUCAACAAUUGGCUCUGCUUUUGAUUACUUCCAGGUCGAACUUUUGAAAUAUUAUACAGAAGCAAGGGAUAAUAACAAAUUCCUUUUCACUGUCUUAAGGUAUUUUAAGAUUAUGAACGAAAGUGAUUCCUUUGAAGCAAUUGCGGAUGCUAUUCCUUCACUGAUGAAUGGAAUAAGGAUGAUAUGGGUCUUAUCAAAGUACUACUGCACUGAAGAUAAGAUGGUUCCAUUCCUGGAAAAAAUCUCUUGGCAAUUGUCUCAGAAUGUGACUAAAAAUCUGGCAGUGAAAACUCUUUUCAAAAAACCUUUAGAGGAAGUUCUUAAAAAAACUGAAGCUGCACACAAGAUGAUGAGAAAAUGGAAAUCAGCUUACUUAGACACUAGACGAAGUAUUGAAGUUUCAGGAAAAGGAAUGCGUUGGGAAUUCGAUCAGCGACGCCUUUUCAAGGACACACAAUACAUAUCGAAUGUGUGCAAAGAUUUAAAUGUUAUCGCAAGUGUCCUGCAGGAUUUCUACAAUAUUUUUGGAGCUGAAUUGAAGUCUAUCAUCAACGAUCCAGCUCAGAUCGACGCAAUUGUGAAAAGAGUUGGCAGACUCAUCAUUCCUAUUCAGGAAUCUGAUUUUAAUAUUUUUUCUGAGUUCAAUAGAGAGAAUUGGGAGGCAACGAUGAAUUGGUUUAAUACCGAAGUGGUUUCCUUAGAAAAUGAAGCAAAGGUCUUCAUUGAUGAAUGUUUUAUGGUGCUUAUAAGUGCAGAGGAGGCACUGAGCACAUUGCUGAAAUUUAGGAACAUGAAAACCAGAGAUGCUAUCCAGGAUCAGUUGUCUGGGAAAUUUGAUGUUAUUAUGCAACAGUUUAGUAAAGAAAUUGGCAUUGUUGAAGGCUUAUUUAAUCAAGAUAAGAGAAACCCUCCUCUCCUAACAUAUCAUCCACCAGUUGCUGGUGCGAUCUUCUGGGAAAGGCAGUUGUUCCACCGCCUAAAAGAUCCCGUUUUGCUCUUUCAAAAUGUCGAAGAAUUGAAAAAUUCUGACUUGAAAAGUUUCGCAUUUAGUCAAUACAUGGAAUUAGCGAAGCAGAUGAAGAGCUUUGAAGAGGCGAAGUUCAAGGCUUGGAUGGACAAGGCACAAAAUGUAGUUGCAGCAUCCAUGAAAAAUAGUGUACUCAAGAUCAUUUCUGGUGAUCAAGAACAAAGAGGUGACAUGAAAACGCAAAUUUCUAUUAAGAGGAAAAAAUCGAGGGUCAAAGAUCGCAGUAUUCUCACUAAUACUCAUUCAUCAACAACAGAAUCAUUAAGAAGAAGCGAUCGAUUUAUGUCGAAAUUAAGUUUUGGUACAGGUGACUCUGUAGCUGCAAGUUUGAGAAAUAGCAUUGGACCGAAGCAAUCUUUACAACCAGAAGGAAAAUCAGACUCGAAAAUAUUGUCUCUCACAAAGGAGCAUAAAGAAUCGAUAAUAUCUGCUUCUUCUGGGAGAAAGGAUAGAAAAGUGACAUGGCCUGAAAUCAUGCAUGGAGUAAUCCUCGUUGAGCAAAAGUUAAAAUUUAAAAUAAAUUUCAAUACUGCUCUUUUUGAAAUAUGCCGAGAAGCAGAAUUAUUAGAACAGCUUGGUUUUGAAUUGCCUUCCACGAUUAGAGAUGUUGGUAUUCAACGAUUUCGACUUCAUGAAGACAUAGAGGCUACGGAAAAUAUGAUUAAUCAGUAUACUCUGAUUGUUGAUAAACUAGAUGAUGCUGAUGUACAACUUUUGAAAAAGACUCUACAAAACAUUGAAAAAUACAUACAACCUGGAGUCUUACGAUUAAACUGGUAUUCUUUAGGGAUCAAGGAUUACGCUUUAUCAUGUACAAAACUACUGAAAAGUUUAAUUUCAAUCGUCAAUCAAAUAAGUCAAAUAAAAAAAGAUCUCGACAAUCGAAUCAAUUUUGAAGAUUACAAUUUAUGUUCGACACGACAAGAUCCAAGUGAUCCAAAUUAUGAACUGCAGAGUUGUAAGACUCACUUUUUAGAAAUGGAGGCCAAACGAACUGAAAUAGUUUGCUCUAUGCUUGAAACAUACAAAUCUGCUACUCCACUGUUGAUUAAACUGGAAAGUCUUGUUGAAGAAACUUCAACUGGACGAAGCCUAUCAAUGCAGCUCUUUUAUGAAAGAUAUGAAUACAAAAUAUUCACUGCUCUGAUCAAAUGUUACAUCAAAAAUUUGGAAUACUUGAACAAUCAGUUAUCUGGAAAUAAAUCACUCUUCACUGUCGAUGCAGCUUUGCUAGCUUCGGAGGUGAUUUUAAGACCAUCUCCUGGUGAAAUUUUCACAAUAAUUUUACACAAUGUUAAAGAUAUAAUUGACAGGGCGAAAGUUUUUCCGAGAUGGAAAAGAGGAACGUGCCUUGAAUGUAAACCUCUAAUGGAGGCUCAGCUAGAAGACUAUGUAGUAUUUAGUUUUUACGAGGACAUUAUGAACCUUCAGGUCAUUAACGAUUUGAUAAAAAAUAUUCAAGAUACAGCACAAAAGAUAUCAGUAAACUGCUUGAAGUAUCUUCAAAGAUGGAAAAAGUAUAGUAGUGUUUGGUUUUUCGAUAAAAAGAGUAUGUGUGAAAAAUUCAUCGCCACUCGUCCGACGCUUCAAAAGUACGAUGAGAAAUUUUCGUUUUAUGGAACGAUCAUAGACGAAAUUCAAGAAUUGAACGAUUAUUUUGAUAAUGGCAGUGUUCGAGUUAACUUGAAACCACUACUUAAGGAAAUAAUAGAACAUGCCACUGAAUGGAAAACGAUUUUAGGAAAGUAUCUUUUAGAUGAAACACUUGAAUCGAUGCUGGAGUUGAAAACAGUCAUUAAAAAAUUUCGUGAAGAGAUUGAAUUUGUCAUUAGUGGGUUAGAUCGUUUCAAGGUCAUCAUGCAGGCUAUCAGUGAUGUAAAAAAAAUGGCUAUUCAGGCUGAAGUCCAGUACUUGUUGUACCAGGAAACAUUCAGGACACUAAGAAUGCAUGGAAUCAAUUUUUUACAAGAAGAUGAAGACAUGGCCUACAAACUUCAACAGGAUUGGGAAUCGCUUUAUUUAGGUGCCUUAUUCAGAUCUGCCACUUUGGAAACUACAAAAGAUAGAUUUUCCGACAUGAUGGUAGAAGAAAUUGAAAUUUUUGUCAAUGAAAUUUCGAAAUUUGCUGAAGACUUCGAGAAAAAUGGACCAGGAAGUGUUGGUGAUGAUUUGGAUCGGGGAAUGAAAAUGAUGGAAGAAUAUGGAAAACGGAUUGAAGAGUUGGAAGAGAAAAGACUUGAUUUGGUGAACGCCGAGGUUUUAUUUGAUCUAGAACCAACCGAUUAUUCACUUUUCCUGAAAGUGCAAAAAGAUUAUGAGGGAAUGGAAAUGUUGUACAAAUUGUUUAAACAACAGAAGUAUGCUCGAGAUGUUUGGUCAAAGACACUUUGGGCACAUUUAAAUCCACAACAGCUCAUGGAUGGAAUGGAUAACUUUUUGAAAGAAUUUCGAAAACUACCUAGAUCAGUUAGGAUACUCAGUGUAGGUCAGGCAUUAGAUGGAAAAAUGAAAGCUUUCAGAAAUUCGGUGCCACUCUUUCUCCAAUUAAAAAAUGAAGCUAUGCGUGAAAGACAUUGGCAGGAACUGAUGGACAAGACUGGGAAGCAUUUUGAUAUGUCCCCAGACAGGUUUACCUUGGAGAACAUGUUUUCAAUGGAUUUGGGAAAAAAUCAAGAGGUUGCAGAAGCAAUUGUCAACAAUGCUAUUAGAGAACUGGCUAUAGAGAGAGGAGUUAAAGAUAUCGCUAAAGUUUGGACCACCAUGGAGUUCACUGUUGUCAAACAUUUUAAAGGGAGUGAAGAUCGAGGAUUUAUUCUUGGACCAGUUGACGAACUGAAUCAAGUCUUGGAAGACAAUAUGAUGAACCUUCAAAGCAUGUCCGCGUCCCAAUUUAUUGGUCCAUUUUUGGCUACCGCUCAAAAAUGGGAAAAGUCAAUGCAAACGAUUUCCGAAGUCGUAGAAGCCUGGAUAGAGUUACAAUCGAAAUGGAUGUACUUGGAGGGAAUUUUCGUAGGUGGGGAUAUUCGUAUUCAGUUGCCUGAAGAGGCGAAAAAGUUUGAUGAUAUUGACAAGGCUUUUAGAAAAAUCAUGGUCAACACUUCUAAGAGAUUGAAUGUUUUGGAUUGUUGUUCAAUAUCAGGUCGCAAAGAAGAGUUUGAGGGCCUGACUGCUGGAUUAGACAGAUGUCAGAAAUCACUGACCGAAUACUUAAACAGUAAGCGAGCUGUUUUUCCAAGAUUUAAUUUCAUCAGCGACGAGGAGCUUCUUAGUAUUCUAGGUAGCACUGAACCGAGCGUUAUUCAGGAACAUAUUGGAAAAAUGUUUGACAACCUUAGAAGAUUUAGACUCAGCUCGAACCAUCAGGGAAGAACGACAGCUAGUGCUUUGAUAUCAAAUGAGAAUGAAAUAAUGGAAUUCAGAAAUUCUGUACUUGCUGAAGGGAAAAUUGAGGAAUGGAUGGUCUUGGCUCUUGAUGAAAUGAAAAAAACCAACAGAUACUUAACCAAGAAAGCAGUCUACAAUUACGGAAAAGUAAGAAGACCACGAACAGAAUGGAUGUUAGACUUCCAAGGAAUGAUGAUCUUAGCGGCAAAUCAAAUAUGGUGGACUGCAGAAGUUGAGAACGUGUUUAGAAAAAUCAAGUCAGGAAGUAAACGAGCUAUGAAGGAGUAUUUACUACAACUAAACACUCAAUUGAAUGAAGUGGUAACCCUGAUGGGUGGUGAUGAACUUUCAAAUAAUGAUCGUAAAAAACUGGAUACUGUUCUGACAGUUGAUGUCCACAUUCGAGACAUCAUUGAUUCAUUUGUCAGAGAUAGCAUCAUGAAUGCUACGGAAUUUGAGUGGGAAAGCCAGUUAAGGUUUUACUGGGUCCAUGAUCUGGAUAACGUGUGGAUGAAUCAAUGCACUGGAAGUUUCGAGUAUGGGUACGAGUACAUGGGACUUAACGGAAGACUUGUAAUCACUCCCUUAACAGACAGAAUCUACUUAACUAUUACUCAAGCCCUUUCUAUGCAACUAGGAGGUGCACCUGCAGGGCCUGCUGGAACUGGUAAAACAGAGACAGUCAAAGAUCUGGCGAAAGCUUUAGGACUUUUGUGCAUUGUAACAAAUUGUGGUGAAGGGAUGGAUUAUGUCGCCAUUGGGAAAACUUUGGGAGGUUUAGCACAAUGUGGAGCUUGGGGCUGCUUCGAUGAAUUUAAUCGAAUAGAUGUGUCUGUCUUAUCUGUGAUAUCAACCCAACUUCAAACCAUCAGAUCAGCUUUACAGAGUAGAUCGAACAGAGUUAUGUUCGAAAAUCAGGACAUCGUACUGGACUCUAAAGUCGGAAUAUUCAUAACAAUGAAUCCCGGAUAUGCGGGUCGUACAGAGCUUCCAGAAUCAGUAAAGGCCCUGUUCAGACCAGUUGUUUGCAUUGUUCCUGACAUGGAAUUGAUUUGUCAAAUCAAACUCUUCAGUGCCGGUUUUCUAACAGCCAAAGUUCUUGCUAAGAAGAUGACGGUUCUUUACACUUUGGCUUCUGAACAGUUAAGCAAGCAAACGCACUACGAUUUUGGUCUAAGAGCUCUCAAAUCCGUACUCAAUAUGGCAGGACAAUUAAAAAGAACUUCAGGACAUCUACCAGAAAAUGUAGUUUUGAUGAGGGCUUUACGAGACAUGAAUUUACCCAAGUUCAUAUUCGACGACGUUCCUCUUUUUCUUGGACUGAUUAAGGAUUUAUUCCCAGGAUUAGAUUGUCCAAGAGUCAGGUACCCUGAUUUUAAUGAUGCAGUGGAAAAAGCUCUGGAAAAACACGGGUACAUUUCUCUUUCUGACCAGGUGGACAAAGUUGUACAAUUGUACGAAGUUAUGAUGACAAGGCAUUCCACGAUGAUUGUAGGGCCCACUGGUGGAGGGAAAACAGUUGUGAUAGAAACAUUGUGUAGAGCUCAGACCCUUCUGGAUGAACCAACAAAACUUUAUGUUAUGAAUCCUAAGGCAUGUACAGUGAUGGAACUUUAUGGUGUGCUCGAUCCUUUAACACGUGACUGGACUGAUGGUCUCCUAAGCAAGAUCUUUAGGGAAAUUAAUAAAUCCACUGAAUCAGGAAAAAACGAGCAAAGGUACAUUCUCUUCGAUGGUGAUGUAGAUGCUUUAUGGAUCGAAAAUAUGAACUCAGUUAUGGAUGAUAACAAAAUUCUAACUCUAGCCAAUCAAGAGCGAAUCAAAUUACAAGACCACUGUAGUCUACUUUUUGAAGUAGGGGAUCUACAAUAUGCAUCACCAGCAACUGUUUCCAGAGCUGGCAUGGUUUAUGUAGACCCAAAAAAUUUAGGAUACCAGCCGUACAUGGACAAGUGGAUAAAUAGUAGACCCGAAUCUGAAAGAGAUUUUUUUAAAGCUAUGUGUGGAAAAUAUGUGCAUGGUGCUAUAAGCUUAAUAAUAGAUGGAAUGCUAGGGUUACAACAAGUUCGACCACUAAAGAUGAUUAUACCCCAAACAGCACUGAAUAUGGUGACACAGCUUUGUUAUAUGGUUGAUGCCCUUUAUCCUGCACAAUGUGAAUAUGAAUCAACUGGAAAUAAAUUCGAAGACAUUCCUUCGCCCGAGAGUGUUUUCCAAAGAGGAGUAGCUACAAGUCAAACUGAUGUCGGAUGGUCUGAUGAACUUGAAGCUAAAAAUGAGAUUAUGGAAGCUGUUUACAUCCAGGCUUGUUAUUGUUCCUUAGGUGCCACUUUGGAGGUGGAAUCUAGACCAUCAUUUGAUGAAUACAUGAAAAAAGUAUCUGGACUAAUGAUGGUUGAAGAUACAGUCGAGAAACCAGCAACAGCGCGAUACUUACCAAUUGCAUUUCGGUUGCUGUACGACUACCUUCUGGACGUUUCUAAAAAACAAUGGGUACCUUGGACAUGGCUUAUUCCAGCCUAUGUUCAUGAUAGGAAUAAACACUUUAGCGACAUAUUGGUACCUACUAUUGACACUAUGAGAACUACCUGGUUCGUGAAUUUAAUGAACGAGCUUAAGAGACCAGUCGUACUAGUUGGUGAAACUGGCACUUCGAAAACGGCCAUCAUUCUAGACUUCCUAAGGAGCCUAAAUCCAGAAAAAUUCAAUCAACUCCUUAUUAAUUUUUCUUCAAGAACAACAUCUAUGGAUGUACAAAGAAAUAUUGAGUCAGCGGUGGAGAAAAGAACAAAGGAUGUCUACGGACCACCUAUUGGAAAAAAACUGAUGAUCUUCAUCGAUGACAUGAACAUGCCAUUAGUAGACACCUAUGGUACCCAACAGCCAGUAGCUCUUUUGAAGCUACUCUUUGAAAGAGGAGGUUUCUAUGAUCGAGGAAAAGAUCUAAACUGGAUGAAUAUGAAAGACAUAUGCUAUCUAGCGGCGAUGGGAAAAGCAGGUGGAGGAAGGAACAAUGUAGACCCUCGAUUUAUUUCCAUGUUCUCAGUCUAUAACGUCACUUUUCCAUCUGAUCACACUCUCAGUUAUAUUUAUAGCAGCAUCCUUCAUGGUCAUUUGGAAAUCUUUUCAGAGGAAGUUCAACUUACAGCAGAACCAAUCAUUCAGAUCACGUUAGAUCUCUACAAGCUCGUUAUCAUUCAGUUACCUCCAACACCUUCUAAAUUUCACUACAUAUUCAACAUGCGAGAUUUAUCAAGAAUCAUAGCAGGACUUCUCCAGAGUGAUCCGGAGUAUUUUCCUGGUGUUCAACAACUUGUUCGGCUAUGGAGAAAUGAAUUUAUGAGAGUUAUGUGUGACCGUCUGAACAACGAUGCUGAUCACAAAUUAGUACAAACUCAUUUGGAGGAAAAAGUAAAAUCUUUUUGGGAGGGCAAGCCUGAUCUCAUAGAAUAUGUAAUGCGAGAUCCUUUACUUUAUGGAGAUUUCAGGAAUGCUUGCAAUGAAGAAGAACCUAGGUUUUAUGAAGAUCUACUUGACUAUGAAGCAGUUUAUACUCUUUUCAUGGAAAUUCUUGAGGAAUACAAUGAAAGGGGAUCAAAGUUGAACAUGGUUCUUUUUAACGAUGCCUUAGAACAUUUAAUCAGGGUACAUCGAGCCCUCAGAAUGCACCGUGGUCACGUUUUAGUUGUGGGUAUUGGUGGAAGCGGAAAGCAAAGUGUCAUAAGGUUGGCAGCCUUUGCUGCUAGUUGUGAGAUAUUCGAAAUAAACUUGAGUCGAGGAUACAACGAAAAUUCUUUUCGUGAAGACAUGAAAGCGCUCUACAACUUGGUUGGUGUUGAAAAUAAGAAGAUUGUAUUUCUCUUUACAGCAUCUCAUAUUGUUGAUGAGAGCUUUUUGGAAAUUAUCAACAACAUGUUGAUGAUAGGAGUGGUACCAGCUCUAUUUACUGACGCAGAAAAGGAUUCUGUAAUUUGUGCUUGCAGAAAUGCGGCUAAAAAAGCUGGCUAUGGUGUCACAAAAGAAAACGUAUGGAGCUAUUUUGUGAAAACUAGCAUAUCCAAUUUACGAAUUGCUCUAUCGAUGAGCCCGGCUGGCGACGUUUUAAGAUCUGGAUGUCGAAGUUAUCCUGGUCUUGUGAAUAGUACAACAAUAGAUUGGAUGUUUGCUUGGCCUGAGCAGGCAUUAUUUGCUGUAGCUAAUGUGAUUUUAAUAGAUAAUCCGAAUAUCCCAGAAACAUACAGACAAUCAAUAGUCCAACACAUAGUACAUGUGCAUAUGUCUGUGGGUAAAUACACGGCAGAUUUUCUCACAAAACUUAGAAGAAGGAACUAUGUGACUCCCAAACACUAUCUUGAUUUUAUCAACCUGUACUUGAAUCUCCUGGUGGAGAAGAAGGAAUUCAUUAGAGCUCAAUGUGAACGACUUUCUGGAGGACUCACCAAAAUCGCUGAAGCUUCGGACACGCUAGCACAGCUGAACGCGAUAUUGGCUGUGCAAAGAGUGAAGGUUGCUGAGCAAACAAAUAAUUGUGAACAUUUAUUGAAAUCUAUUGGAGAAAGCACUGACAUUGCAAAGGAAAAACAGACGAUCAGUAUGGAAAAGCGUCAAGAGAUUGAAGAGCAGAAUAAAAUUAUAUCUAAGGAAUCUUCUGAAGCUAAAGCAGUAUUGGCUGAAGCAGAGCCAGCUCUUGUUGCAGCAAGAUUAGCACUUGCAGAUCUGGAAAAAGCUGAUAUAACGGAAAUAAGAUCAUUCGCGACUCCACCAGAACCGGUUCAGGUGGUGUGUGAGGCUAUAUCCAUAAUUCGAGGUGUCAAAGAAAUUUCUUGGAAGAUUGCAAAAGGGAUGAUGAGUGAUCCGAGUUACUUGAGGACCCUGCAAGAAAUGAAUUGCGAUUUGAUUACACUUAAGCAACAACAGAUGGCUAAAGCGCACUUGAAAAGAUCCAAUAAAAUGGAACAGAUGAAGGUCAUCAGCAAAGCUGGUUAUGGACUCUACAAAUUCUUAUUGGCUGUUCUUGACUACUGUGCUGUUUUCAGAGAAGUGAAGCCUAAAAUAGAGAAAGUUCAAAUGUUGGAAGCCGAAUCCGAAAGAGCCAAAAACGCUUUAGAGAAGGAAGAACGAGAAUUAAGAAGAAUAGAAAAGCAGUUAUCUGAGUUAAAUGCAAAAUAUGAGAUCGCUAUAGCUGAAAGGCAAAAACUGCAAGACGAGACUGAUCUUCUUCAAAGGCGUUUAAUUGCUGCUGACAAACUGAUAAAUGGUCUUUCUUCGGAGAACGAACGCUGGCAGAAAGACUUAGAGAAUCUUCGAGAAGAAAUGGAGAAGAUUAUUGGCAACUGUCUCCUUUCUGCUGGCUUCUUAUCUUACAAUGGACCUUUCUCUUAUGAGUUCAGGAACGAAAUGGUGUACAAUAAUUGGCAAAAUAGCAUCGUAGAAAAAGAAAUACCUUUGACUCAGCCUUAUAGACUGGAAACACAGCUGAGUAGUGACGUCGAAAUCAGUGGGUGGAAUUCAGAAGGCCUACCACCGGAUGAACUAUCUAUUCAGAAUGGUAUUCUUACAACAAGAGCAUCAAGAUUUCCACUCUGCAUAGAUCCACAACAGCAGGCGCUUAAUUGGAUCAAGAAAAGAGAACAGAAAAAUAAUCUGAAGAUUAUCACUUUCAAUGAUUCUGAUUUUAUCAAGCAAGUGGAAAUGGGAGUGACUUACGGUUUUCCAAUCCUGUUUCAGGAUGUUGACUACAUCGAUCCAGUAUUAGACAACGUUUUGAUGAAGAACAUACAAAAUGUUGCAGGUAGAGUAUUCAUAGUGCUUGGUGAUAAGGAAGUGGAUUAUGAUCCAAGAUUUCGAUUGUACUUGACCACAAAAUUGUCCAAUCCAAACUUCAAUCCUGCUGUCUUUGCUAAAGCAACUGUUGUCAAUUAUAUGGUGACUCACUUCGGUCUUGAAGAUCAGCUGCUAUCAGUAGUUGUCCGAACUGAACGCCCAGACAUAGAAGAACAAAGAGAAAGUUUAGUAUCAGAGACCAGCGAUAAUAAACGUCUUCUGAAAACACUUGAAGAUAGUCUCCUGAGAGAAAUUGCCACAAAUAAGGGAAACAUGUUAGACAAUAUUGAACUAAUAGAGACACUCGAAAACACAAAAUCGAGUGCCACCGAGGUCAUGGCGAAACUUCAUCUGGCUGAGCUUACAGCUGUAGAUAUCAAUAAAUUAAGAGAUGGAUAUCGUCUAGCAGCAAAGAGAGGAGCAAUAUUAUUUUUUGCCCUCGCUGACAUGGCCACAGUCAAUUCCAUGUAUCAGUAUUCCUUAAUCAGCUAUCUUGAAAUUUUUAUUUAUUCCCUGAAGAAAGCCUUACCGGAUUCAACUUUGAUUAAAAGAUUAAAGAACAUCAUAAACAUGCUCACAACGAAUGUCUAUGAUUAUGGAUGCACAGGGAUUUUCGAGAAGCAUAAGCUACUCUUCUCCUUUCAAAUCUGCACAAGAAUCGAUCAGGAUGUCAGUUUCAUCAAUCAGCCUGAACUAGAGUUUUUCAUUAAAGGUAAUGUUGCUCUGGAAAAGACUCAGAGGAUCAAUCCAGCAAAGUGGCUUCCACCUAGUGGAUGGGAAGAUGUCCUCAAAUUAUCAAAUGAUUUUCCUCUUAAAUUCUCAGAGCUGCCUAUUCAAUUACAUGAUCAAGGUGUCGAGUGGAAAAAGUGGUAUGACUCGGACACUCCGGAAUCCGAUGAAUUUCCCUGUGAUUAUUCUAAUAAGCUAUCAAGCUUUGAAAAGCUUCUGCUAAUUCGAUGCUUUCGUGUAGAUCGAGUCUACCGAGCAGUUGUGAAAUACAUUUGUGAAAGAAUGGGUGAAGAAUAUAUAACUCCACCGAAUGUCAGUUUAGAUAUGAUUUUUGAUCAAAGCACAUCAACCAUGCCAGUUGUUUUUAUUCUGAGUCCUGGUUCAGAUCCAACAUCUGAACUGAUGAAACUUGCCGAAAGGUAUGGCUGUGGUGCUGGAAAGUUUAGAUACUUAUCUCUGGGUCAAGGUCAGGAAAAGACUGCAAUCGAAUUGCUGGAAACCGCUAUAGCAAGGGGUCAAUGGUUGAUGUUACAAAACUGUCACCUUCUGCUAGUCUUCACAAGAAAAUUAGAAAAGAUACUGGAAGCAAUUGGGAAACCCCAUCCUGACUUUCGCCUGUGGCUAACAACUGAGCAAACACCAGAUUUUCCCAUCGGCAUCUUACAGCAAUCCUUAAAAGUUGUGACCGAACCUCCUAAUGGCCUAAAAUUAAACUUGAGAAAUACGUACUUUAAAAUGAGACCUCAAACUUUGGAUGCAUGCAAGCAUCCAGUUUAUAAACACCUGGUGUACGUUCUUGCAUUUUAUCAUGCAGUGGUGCAAGAAAGAAGAAAAUACGGCAAGAUUGGUUGGAAUAUAAAUUACGAUUUCAAUGAAUCUGACUUUAAUGUCAGUGCUAUGAUCCUUGAUACGUACUUGACAAAAGCUUUAGCUAUUGACCCAACCAGAAUUCCUUGGAAAAGUCUUAAAUACUUGGUGGGAGAGGUAAUGUACGGUGGUCGAGUGAUCGAUGGAUAUGAUAGGCGCGUUUCGCAAACAUACAUGGAAGAAUACUUUGGAGAUUUCCUAUUUGAUAGCUUUCAACCUUUUCACUUUUAUCACGAUGAUAAGGUCGACUAUGUGAUUCCACCAGAAGGUGAUCGUGAUUUUUAUAUAGAAUUCAUUGAGGGAUUGCCACUCGUAAACUCACCAGAAGUUUUUGGACUUCAUCCGAAUGCUGAAAUCGGAUAUUACACACAAGCUACUAAGGAAAUGUGGAUGAAUUUGAUAGAACUUCAGCCCCAAACAGUAAGGUUAAAGGAAGUGGUUGUUACUGGAAUAAGCAGAGAUGAAUUUAUCGACAAUGUGGCAAAAGAAAUUCUAACAAAAAUUCCUUCACCUUAUGACAUGAUAAAAGUUAAGAGAAACUUUGGUCUAAAUGUGACUCCCACUGCAAUUGUACUCUUUCAAGAACUAGAAAGAUUCAAUAAUUUAAUCAACAGAUUGACAACGACACUAACUCAAUUAAGAAAGGCCAUUGCUGGUGAGAUAGGAAUGGAUGCAGUACUCGACGAAAUUUCACUUUCUCUCUACAAUGGAGCACUGCCUAAAGAAUGGUCAAAAUUAGCCCCAGCCACCAGGAAAAAUCUAGCAGGAUGGAUGGAUCAUUUCGAAAGACGAAUCGCCCAAUAUACUAAUUGGGCCGGUUCUAACGAACCGGUAGUAAUUUGGCUAUCUGGACUACAUAUACCAGAAACUUAUUUAGCGGCCCUGGUGCAAAUGGCAUGUCGAAAAAAUAAUUGGCCCUUGGAUCGUUCUCGCACUUACACAGCAGUUUCGAAAUAUGCAAAAGCUGAUGAAGUCGAAGAAAAACCUGAUCAGGGCUGCUACGUACGAGGGUUGUACUUGGAAGGUGCACAGUGGGAUAUGAAAAAUCACUGCUUAAAGAGAUCUCAUCCGAAAGUACUGAUAGAAGAACUACCAAUAUUGACAGUGAUUCCAAUUGAAGCUCACAGAGUAAAGCUUCAGAAUACCAUAAAAACUCCAGUAUACACGACUUCAGAUCGACGCAAUGCCAUGGGUGUUGGUUUGGUUUUUGAAGCAAAUCUUCGUACAGAGAUCCAUAAAUCACACUGGAUUCUUCAAGGACUCAGUCUUGUGAUGAACACCGACUGAAUCUUAGUAUCAGAUUAUAAUCAGUAUCUUCAAUUCAUUCCUAUUGUAAUAAACUUUAUUUUAAAUAUCGAAGCUUAU